CAUCCCGCCCGCCGCCUUGACCAACGACGAAGCUCCCUUCUGCCUGCCACCACCAACUCGACCCAUCCAUUUCCAGACGUCAACAAACAAACACCACGACUGUUUUCCAACCGAAGCCGGCGAUUUCCCCAUUUUGUAACACAACUACACUUAGACCGGUCCAUUUAAUCAAAUUUCCAAGAUGUCGGGCAGCGCUGGCUACGACAGACACAUUACGAUCUUUUCCGAGCAGGGAAGAUUGUACCAAGUUGAAUAUGCCUUCAAGGCCAUCACAGCUGCCAACAUCAUGUCGCUCGGCGUCAGGGGGAAGGACUGCGCCGUAGUUCUGUCCCAGAAGAAGGUUCCCGAUAAGCUCAUCGACCCCUCCUCCGUCUCCCACAUCUUCCAGAUCUCGCCCUCGGUUGGCUGCGUCAUCACUGGAUCCAUCGCCGAUGCGCGCGCCUUCGCACAACGCGCCCAGGGAGAGGCUGCCGAGUUCCGAUACAAGUUUGGCUACGAGAUGCCAUGCGACGCCUUGGCCAAGCGCAUUGCCAACAUCAGCCAGGUCUACACUCAGCGCGCCUUCAUGCGCCCAUACGGCGUCGCCGUCACCCUCAUAUCGGUCGACUCAGAGUUUGGCCCCCAGCUGUUCAAGUGCGACCCGGCAGGCUACUACACGGGCUACAAGGGCACCGCGGCGGGUCCCAAGCAGCAGGAGGCCCUCAACCACCUGGAGAAGAAGCUCAAGAACAAGGAUCACGCGCCCGGUGAUUGGAAGGAGGUGGUGGAGUUGGCCAUCACCACGCUCAGCACGGUGCUAAGCAUGGACUUCAAGAAGACCGAGAUCGAGAUUGGUAUCGUCGGUGGACCCAGGCCGGACGGAAAGGAGGGCACAUAUCCCGGCUUCAGGACGUUGACCGAGGACGAGAUUGACGAGAGGCUACAAGCUAUUGCCGAAAAGGACUAAGGGAGGCAGGCAUGCAGACGGAGACUAUUUGCUGGUUGAUGCUGUGACGUGGUCUAUCUGGAAGAUGAAUGAGGAAAGGGAUGCUACCCUGGAGGCAGCUGGGAAAUCAUCAAUCAUCGAUAAAUGGACUCACGGAGAAUCCGAAGAAGAUGUGUGUCUAAGAGAGCUGAAAGCAAACAAUGGAAUGAUAAUGGCCCAUGAGGAAGAUAGUGGGAAGAGAAUGGUAUGGUGAUUGAUUGCAUACGCAGAGAACUUGUUCGCACCAGAGCACGCCAAUACCGUCCGAUAUCAUCUUGCCCAGUUACUAGCACAAGGCUCCAACAUGCCGGCAGUUGGUUUGUUGCUGUGCGUGACAUAGAGUAAUCAUCAUCACAGCCUCACAG